CGUGGUCAGGGGGUUUUACCACUGAUGAAACAUUUCAUCAUUUCAUGUCCCGUUUUAGCAACUUAUCAGACUUGAAGCUGAGCCACCUCUACAUGUCAGACAACCUGCUGUACCUGCUAGCUAAGACAGCCAGCCACAGCCUGAGGUUGAUCUCUAUCACCACAGAGGAUUAUUUCGUAUUAGACCAUCCUUCAACUACCUUUAGAGCCUGGCAGUAUUUGAAGUCUGCUUGUCCAAGUCUCAAAGUUGAAGUUUUUAUAAACCCAUUAAAGGGUCGGGAGUUCGACUUUCCAGUGGAUGCAGUUCUGGCACCUUGUAUGCCAUUGCAUAAAUUAUAUUGGAGCUGUAGCAGUUCAAGUUUUCAACGUUCCCUGGCACACAUCACCGACUUCUUUCAGGACUCAUUGCGGCAGCUCCACGUCAUUUUUUGGGAUUUUCCCGAUAAAAAUUCUGUCACGGACCUGAUCAAAAGGUGUCACAAUUUAGAAACCUUGUCAGUAGAGACUUCAACCCUGACAAGUGGCAAGGAACGCCGCAUCGAGACGGCCCUCAAACUGGGUCUUGCCUGUCACCACUCAACCACCCACCCCUGUGUUGCCACCUUGAACCAUAAGGACGUGAGUUUAAAGGACACGUGGGAGACGACAAUCUUUUGUUGGCUGGCGAAACUUAUAUAAAGUACGUGGAUGUUCAGGGCUGAAACACGGUGGCCAACUUUAAUGGUGAAUAGCUUGUGGGUAACACAGAAUCAAAGACAAAUUUGGAAGUGUAUCUGUGAAACGUGUUUUGGUCAGGGGAAAUUCAACCUUAGUCAUGAAUAUAAUAUUGUGCAUGUCAUUUCUGGUCAUAGACUGACCGUACUUAAUGAGUAAUACAAUUAUUGCGUGUUAUGCUAUCACCUUUAGUGUCGCCUUAUCAAGCAACUAAAACGGUCAAAUAGAAAAUGUUUGCAUUUCUUAAA